AUGGAGAAUAUACUCCAUGAUUUGGAGGAGCCUGAUUUGGAAUCCAGGGUUAAGGUUCAGGAGCUGUUUUCCUUGCUAAUUGAGUACUCGCUGGUAUUCCUGGAGCAAAUCAUGUACCACCGUGGAGUAUACCCCAAAGAGUCGUUUCGCCAGGUACAAUCCUUCCACAUGGCAGUCUACAGCACGCGACAUCCAGGUGUAAGGAAUUAUUUGGAUACUUUGGGCCAGAAGUUGAUGUCGCUGCUUCUUGCAGGAAAAUUAAGCCGGGUGAUAAUUGAUGUUUGUUCCCGAAGGCUGCGUACUGGACUCUCGGUGCUAGAACAGGACAAGAGUUUUCAGUCUGUUGGUACGCAAGACCAUUUGUAUGAUAAGAAGAAGAUUGAAAGCUAUGGUAUUAGUUUUGCUGAUUCGGCAAUUAUCGGUAUUUUGAAGGAUAAUCACGGUGAUCUGAAUUCGGUUGUUCUCGGGGAAGAGAUCACUUUGGCAGUCAUAUAUGGAGAACUGAGAUCAAGUCUGCACUCUUUGACCACUCAAUUGCUGGAAUUACCAGCUGCAGAUAGCGAUAUACCCCCUGUUUUCGAUGUUUUGAUGGCGACGGAAUCCAAUAAUGGCAAUGAUAACUUUACAGAGAUGGUGUUGGACGAUCAGUGGGUUCUGGCUGGAAGACUGGGUUCAUCCACCAACGAGGAAACCCCGACCGUCUGGAAAAGCAUCAGAGAAGCAGAUAUUGGUAUUAUCAAUAUCAAGGGCUACAUAUCAGUAUUGUGA